GCACCAUGGAGCCGCCGCUCUCCUCGCCCGCCGGGCCGGCGCUGCCCGUGUGGAAGCGGGAGAUCCUGGAGCGGAAGCGGGCCAAGCUGGCGGGGCCGCCCGCGGGCGGGGAGCCGGAGCCGGAGCCGGGCGGCGGGGGCGCGGCGGGCCCGGCGCCCCGCGAGGAGCGGCUGGUGCUGGCCGACAGCCUGGGCCCGCUGCGCGAGAACCCCUUCAUGCGGCUGGAGAGCGAGCGGCGGCGGCUGCGGCAGGGGCUGCCCGGGGGCGGGCGGCGGGGCGCGGGGCCCCUGCAGGAGCUGCUGGAGCUGUACAGCGCCGUGCCCGGCAUCCGCACCAUCCGCGCCGACAACAUCCUCAUCAUCGAGUCCCAGCCCGACGCCGCCGCCUGCUUCGCGGCCGGGGAGGGCGCCCGGGACACGCCGCCUGCCGCCUCGCCGCGGGGCCGCGACCCGCUCCGGGACCUGCUGGCCCGCCAGGGCUCGGCGCUCACCGAGAUCCGCGCCGCCCAGGUCUUCGUCUACGAGCCGGUCGAGCCCGGCCAGGCCGGCAGGGUCAGCCGCCUGCUGCAGAAGUUUGACCAGUGGCCGCGGGGCCGGCGGCGUCGGAGCAGGGACGCGGAGCCCGCGGUGCCCAACUCCCCUGGCAGCCCCCCAGCGCGGCCGGUCCCGGACUCCCCGGCCAGCGCCGCCGCCUCCCGGCCGGUCCCGGACUCCCCGGCCAGCGCCGCCGCCUCCCGGCCGGUCCCGGACUCCCCGGCCAGCGCCGCCGCCGCCGCCUCCCGGCCGGUCCCGGGCUCCCCGGUCAAAGUUGCAGCCCCCCAGCGGGUCCCGGUCCCCUUGGCCAGCCCUCCAAACCGGCGGGCCCCGGGCUCCCCAGUCAACACCGCUGCCCCCCGGCCGGUCCCGGUCCCUCCGGCCAGCCCUCCAAACCGGCGGGCCCCGGGCUCCCCAGUCAGCACUGCUGUACCCCAGCCAGUCCUGGGCUCCACGGGCACCUCCCAGGCCUACGGCUUUCUGCACAAGAUCGGCUCCAACUCCUUCACUGUCACUCCCCGGGGUCUCCGGCCAGGCAGCUGUGCCCCACUCACCAAUGGCCCCUUGGAGCACAGUGCCGGCCCCUUGGAGCACAGUGCCAGCCCAGGGGGCAGGAGCCCGCAUGCUAAGGUGCCUCCGGUGCCAUCGCCAAGCGUUUCCCUUGCCAGAGACAACACGAGGCCAAAGCCAGAGAGGAGUGAAGAGAUCCAGCCACCCCAAUCCAGUGCCACCCCCAGUCCUCUCCAGCCGCUCUCUGCAUCUUUCCUCAGGGACGGAGGCUCCUUUGAGAUCCACCCAGCCCCCAAACCAGACCUGGCCGCCAUCCCUGCCCAUGAUUUCCAAGCGCAGGCCCUGGCCAAUCUGCGCCUGAACUCACGGAACUCCUUCCUCUUUGUGCCCCGCCGUGGCGGGGGGCAGUGUCUGACAGAGCCUGCAGGGGCCUUGUCACCCUUGAAGCCUGAGUGUGAGCAACAGGGGGAGCCCAUAACCCCCCCACAGGCCCCUCAAGAGCUCUCUGUGCCUGUGACUUACAUUGAUGAUGAUAUUGUGGAGCUGAACGCUGGGGGCCUGUCCCAGGAGAUGGGCCCAGAUGCAGGACUGAAGGAGUCGGAGCAGCCCCAAGAAGCUACCUCAGCCCUGGGGAUGGAGGCUUCUGCUAUACCCCUGUACAGACCCCACCCUGCCGCCUCUGCCCUGCAGCAGAGAAGCAGCAAUACGUUCACCAUAGUGCCCAAAAGGAAGCCACCCAACUCUGGGGUGGAGGUCGACAGUGGAGCCAGCAGAGCCUGGCAAUCAGAAGAGGACGAUAAUGAGGAAAACAGAAGCAAGGGCAAAACCUUGGGGAGCCCUGAUGCGCCCCAACUGGAUCUUGGCCCACUGGGUAAAAAGCGCUACCCCACCGUGAAUGAGAUAGAGGUGAUCGGCGGCUACCUGUCCCUGGAGAGGUCCUGCAUGAGCAAGAUGGGCUGUCACCGCAAAAAGAUGAAGAUCUCUUUCAAUGAGACAAGCCUGCAGACCACGUUUGAGUACCCUUCCGAGAGCUCGCUGGUGGAGGAGGAGGAGGAGGAAGAGGAAGAGUCUGCCUCAGAAGUGGAGGACGAGGAGGAGGACAAGCCCUCUUCCCUGUUUAUUCCACGCCCGACCUGCACCAUGCACGCCAACGUGCCCAGCUCAGGUUUCUCCAGCUACACUCCCAAACACUCCGUGGAGUUCAGCAAGUGGCAGGAGCAGCCUGCCACUGCCGCCGGGCCCCUCCUGAAAGAGGCCAAUCCCCCAGGGAACCAGGUCAUGCUUACCCCGGCCGAUCAGAGUGGCCUCUCAGACUUCAGCAGUGAGCCUGCCCUGUACUUCUGACUCCUGGGCCAUGCCACCUGCAGCACUCCUGCCGAGCAGGGAACCUGGCAGCUUUCCCUGUGUUCUGUUCUCAACGCCCACGGAUGCACUUCGUGGGAUGGAGACUUUCUGAAGCACCACAGAGAUGGGCUGCUGGCCCCAGCCCACUCCACCUUGUCCCGGGUCCUGCUGCCUGCGGGGGACCAUAUGCCACUGGGCAUUCGGGAGAAUAUUUGCACUGGAUUCUGGGGGACACCUACUAGUUCCAAGGUAGCUGGCGUGUUCUCCGGUGGCCUUACACAUUCCUUCAAGAGCAGCUGCCAAUAGACUUCUGAGAGUGACUGAGUAAGAGCAAGUCUCUAGCCCCUGGCUACGGCCAGAGUGGGCUCCGGAAAGGCUUGGAGACUCUCUUCUCAGUGUGGAAAGUCUCUGCUGUGUGAGCACUGAGGGAUCUCCAGGGCUGUCCGUGAAUCAGGUUAGCAGUUGGACCCAUGAAAGCAGCUGUGGUCUGGGAACUGCAUUGUAACAGGAGCCGCUGCUGCCGCUUUGGGGUUCGGCUUGGAGGCUGUUGGAGGUUAAUAGCUAAGUCCCAGGCCAAGCAUAUUUCUGGGCCGGAUAUGCAGCUGUUGUGGAGCCAAUGAGUCGGCCUCGUUGGCUGAAAGGGGUGGUGCACACGGGGGGUGAAGCGUGGUAGGAGAAUGAUCGAUAAAAGCUGGAGUGUCCCCAGCCUAUAAUGCUGGUUUGCUCCCUAUGGGCAGCUGGACCUGCAUGACUUGGCCCCUUGAACGAGUUCCCAAGCACUGGCGAGAGCUUUGAUCUUCCCUCGCUCAGCUGUUGGUGUCCCAGGCUCUAGGCACUGUCACUCCUGCUGUGGUUUGCCUGUUCGCCACACGGCUGUGGCUGGCUUCUGAACCUGAAUGCCAUCUGCUGGGCCCAAGACCUGUCCAGUGCCUGUGCUCCCGGCCCCGGAGCAGACCUCAGAGUGGAGAGCUCAUCUGCUUUCCAAGGCAAACUGCCCUGUUAAAUCUGCGCCUGGCCUUUCUCCCUCCUCUGCUCCAACGUGCAAAAGGGCCGUUUCUCUGCAUUCUUCCUCAGGGGCCUGAACAAGGAGUGUGCUGUUUUCUAAUUCUCCUUCACUAACUGGUAAUGCAAGCCAAUACGCAAUGCAGCCUGCUUGGCUCGGUCACUGCUGGUGGACACAUCUCUAGGACUGUAGACUCAGGGUCAGAAUAGCGCUCUCUGUAAAAGACCAAUGUUCGUGAACUGAACAUUGCUGCUAAUGUGACUUGUACUCCUGGGAUUAAAGGAAAUGUGGCCAGCACAGAGCUGGCCUCUUUGGGCAUUGUGGAUGGGAGGGCGGUCUCUGAGCCCGCCACCUCCUCCAAAGGACCAAGCUCCUGUCUUUUUGAUUUAAAUCUACUGAUUUAUUUGUUUGUCUGACGGUGUCCAAUCAAGUUGUCUGAUUGUGUCUGAAUGGAAAAUCCUUUGUGUACCUUGCACUUGCCUUGAUAAUAGUGUGUACAAAGCAGAAGGGGAGGGUGUGUCUAUGUACCCUCUGGCAUUCAUGGCCAGACUUUUGGCCGUGCCAGCCCCCUGCCCCCAGUGACCUAGCUGGGAACUGCUACUUCUGAAAACUCAACUGCUCCCCUGAUGCUUCGCCAGGUUUGCUGGAGGAGCCCAGUACUCCCCCCCCCCCCCCCCCCCCCCCCUUCUGCCAUUGUAACACUUCGUGCUUCCAAAUCGGAUGAAAGGACCCAUGUGACUCCCACGUGUGUUGUUGCCUGGUGAUUUGUAGUACUUUGGAAUUACAGAAAUUCAAAAGAACUUCCUUGGUGGUUUGAUAAAUGGGAUCCAAUAAAUAUCAUGGCAGUGA